CAUUCCGUUUCUUCCGGUUCUUUAUUCUAUGGUUUCUUCCUGCAGAUUGCGUUCGUCUGCACCUCUUGCAUGUGCACGCCUUUGCCUUCUACUGUGCGCUGCAACAUUUUGUUUCUGUAUCGGCCGGUGGCUCCAGCGAUGUACGAAAAACAGAAGAAAGCCCACAAGACGUUUCCGCGCGGCUCUGUGGUUGACGAGCACGGGAAGGGACAGCAGGGCCACUUUUUCCUGCUUCCAAGAAAAUCGAAGACCACAGCUCCAGUACGGGUAACUCCACCACGUCUGUGUUUGGGUGUUUCAGGGCCCCUUUAAGCCAGCCUGGUACCUCGGUUGAUAUCAAGUGUUGCCCCGAUCCUGUUAUAAAUUGCCUUGGUGAAUUUUGUACAACAUGGACAGCACACAAAUGGCAAGAGAGACCUUAAAAACCACCAUGGGUGAGGCGACACAAGUGAGCUCCCUGCCGCUGCCGCCACGCAGUAUGUCGGCCUCAACACGGAUGAAAAACUGCUGUGCGGACUGUCACCACCACGGCCACUCCAGGAAGGCUACUCCAUGUUUGGCGUGCCUUUCCACGGUCAGGGAGCCCAUCAUUCGACUCCUGGAGAGUCGGGGCAUCCGGCGGCUCUACCCGCAGAACUACGAGCACAGGAAGGAGCUGAAGAAGCUCAACCACUCGCUGCUGGUCAACUUCCUGGACAUGGUUGACGUUCUGAUCCGCUGCCCUGACACCUCUAAGCGGCUCGUGAAAAAGGAAGACAUGAGCCUGCUCUUUGUGCGCGUGCACCACCUCAUCGAGUUUCGGCCGCACCAGACAUUCGGGAGACACUCCCAGGUCAUGCUGGACAUGCAAAGGUGGCAGCGGCUCGACACAGCGCACCGCUUCCACAAGGAGCUGGACAAGGUGCGUGAAAUUCUUUAGAAUACCCUGAGCAUGCUUCCCGAGCCAGAGUCCCUUGCAGCCUGGCAGCAGCCAAGCAAAGCCACAAUUGCGACCUGCCUAAUCCAGGGCCCAGUGUCCAUGCAGGGACACUGCCUUAGCCAAGACCGCAUCUUGUGCGGAAUAGUGGAUGCACUCUGACUAUUGCCGCAGCAAGUGCUGGCUGCGGGCAACACAAUGCCGAUGCACGAGGAGGCACCCAGAACCUCAACCAACUGAUGGGGAGGGGGGGAAGUGAUGGAGAGGGGGGUUCUACUCCAGCGGCAGCUCCUUACGCACAGCCGCGAAGGCACCGUAUCUUAGCGGUGCCUAGAUACGGUGCUUGUAGCCACAGACGGCACGAAGGUUAAUUCGCUUCAGAAUAACUUCUUAAGCGAGUUGGUGUUUACUGAACACAAUACUUAGUAGCGCAAAACUCGAAAAAAAGACAACAGUGAAAGACGAGAGGAAAGGAAAGACGAGCGCUACACUCACAACUGUUUAUUCCGAAGUAGGGCUUGCUGUAUAUACAAAAACAUACGCAUGCGCAAACGCAUAAAACACACAAAGGGCGCCAGUCAGCGGAAGGCUGUGUAGUCACAUUAUAUGCUUAGCAAUCUCAUUUCCGAAUCAUAAAGUCGCACAGUCCUUUGACUAACGCAGGCUAGACCAUUGAUUUGGAUGUGGUAGGCCUCUAACAGUUCACGAGCGGUUUUGUUCUUGCUUUUGCCUAGGAUCCUGACAUUAAAAAACAGCGGUUCACAGUCGGGACAAGACCUGCAAUGCGCAGACAAGUGUGUGGUGGUAUCCUUCUUUAAAAGAUUUGCGUGCUCUCUCAUUUGGUCGUUGAUGCAGCGCCCCGUUUGCCCAAUGUAGCACUUGCCACAGCUGAGGGGGAUGAGAUAAACCACUCCAGCGGAACAAUGCACGUAACGCUGAACAUGCUGUACUGUGCACCCGUUCGUUGCGCCACCCGUGAUUCGAGGGCAGAAACGGGCCAGCUUGUUCGGGGCGGAAAAAACCACUAGUACUCCGUACCUGUUCGCCACCUUCUUAAGGUUGUGGCUAACCUUGUGAAGGUACGGCACCACUUGUGCCUUUUUUCGAGCGUUGCGCUCGAAUUCAUCGCCCACCUGAGGCUUUUUGUUGCCUUUCAGCUUCUGGAGCAGAUUCCCCCACUGACGUCAACACCGAGCGAGGGUAGCCUUUCUGUAAAUAUAGAAGAAUUAUUUUACUCUAUACCGCAUCGCGAAUUGUUUGUUGCUAUCAAAGCAUGCAUAGAUGCCCGUGGUGAAUUGGAAUUUCAGACUGCAAUUGGUCUUAGUUCUGACAAUUUUCUGGCCUUAUUUUAAGCCUAUCUCAAAAAUACUUUUGUUCUUUUUGACAACCAACUCGACUUACAAAAGAGGGGCAUAUGUAUUAGUUCGUGCUUAGCUUAGCGCCCUUGCUAUGUGACCUAUUUCUUUCUGAAAUGGAUAUAAUCCUUGACAACUGCUUUGAGAACACGCAUGUGAUAAAAGUUUUUAGAUAUGGAGACGAUUUUUUAAUCCUUUUGGACGAAAAGUAUUCCUCUACCGACAUUGAUGAAAUCACCACAGUUUUAAGCCUUUUUAAACUUCAUGGCAAUGGCCUAUCUUUUACCCACGAGAUUCCGGCUAAGAACGCGCUGCAGUUUUUAGAUUUAAACUUGAAGUUUUUAAAACAACAUGUCUGUUGGAGCUAUUCACCACGUGCUAAGAAAGAGCUUUUACCAUACGAUUCUGCCACUCGAAAAUUAUUAAACGAGGGAUCGCAAUAACCUGCCUGGGGUCUGUGCUUAAGAAAUCGUGCGUUCACAGGAUCGGGACGAGUUUUGAAAAUCAGAUUGAGCUGCUUUUAAAAGCCGGCUACCCUCGCUCGGUGUUGAAGUCAGUGUGGGAAUUGUUGCUCCAGAAGCUGAAAGGCAACAAAAAGCCUAAGGUGGGCGAUGAAGUCGAGCGCAAUGCUCGAAAAAAGGCACAAGUGGUGCCGUACCUUCACAAGGUUAGCCACAACCUUGAGAAGGUGGCGAACAGGUACGGAGUACCAGUGGUUUUUUCCGCCCCGAACAAGCUGGCCCGUCUCUGCCCUCGAAUCACGGGUGGCGCUACGAAUGGGUGCACAGUACAGCACGUUCAGCGUUACGUGCAUGGUUCCACUGGAGUGGUUUAUCUCAAUCCUCUCAGCUGUGGCAAGUGCUACAUUGGGCAAACGGGGCGCUGCGUCAACGACCGAAUGAGGCAGCACGCAAAUCUUUUAAAGAAGGAUACCACCGCACAAUUUUCUGGGCAUUGCAGGUCUUGUCCCGACUGUCAACCGCUGUUUUUUAAUGUCAGGAUCCUAGGCAAAAGCAAGAACAAAACCGCUCGUGAACUGUUAGAGGCCUACCACAUCCAAAUCAAUAGUCUAGCCUGCGUUAGUCAAAGGACUGUGACACGUUAUGAUUCGGAAAUGAGAUUGCUAAGCAUAUAAUGUGACUACACAGCCUUCCGCUGACUGGCGCCCUUUGUGUGUUUUAUGCGUUUGCGCAUGCGUAUGUUUGUGUAUAUAUAGCAAGCCCUGCUUCGGAAUAAACAGUUGUGAGGCUAGCGCUCGUCUUUCCUCUCGUCUUUCACUGUCUUCUUUUUUUUUUUUUCGAGUUUUGCGCUACUAAGUAGCAUGUUCAGUUAAUUCGCUUGCUGCUGCUGCCGCACUUCCUCACUUCAGCGUUUUGACAGUGAGUUUCUGCGGUCAUCGAGCGAGAUGUGUUCAUGUUUACCUGCGGCACGCAUGACACCGCACUUGUUAAUUUAGUUAGUAAGCGAAUGUUUGCAAGUUUAUACGGCUGAAAAAACUACUAUCCUUAGUUCGUAUAGUUGUCCACAAAUUCGCUAUCGUAAUCGAUGCUUCGCCUUUCGGGCGAAACUGCUACAUUUUUUCUGGAAGACGUGUUGAAGCGAGAGGCUGAAGUUGGGAACUGGUGAAAAGAAACACCGGGUGUUUUCCCGGAACGGGACUUGCAAUACACCAUCACACAGCAGUUAUAUACCGAUGUGCAAUGAACGGCGCCAAGUCUUGGCUGUGGCCGCGCAUACUAAAGGCUGUACAACUGUCUUCAGGAGCCCACAAAUUACUGCAUAUAUACUGAACAACACUGACACAGCACCGAAUAAAAUGCGCAGGAAAACGAUCGUGAGAGCGCGAAGGCAAGCAUGCACGCGAAGCAGGGCAGGAAGGGUCAGGGUUGCAGCGCUCCUACUGCCUACGGGUGGCGAAACGUGCUGAGAAACUCUCCCAUUGUUUCCCCGACGGGUGACAGGGCCGUAAGAAGCGAGCGCGCGCGCCAGUCGAGCCCGGCCGUGGUUAUACUAAUGCAAGGUGCCAGGAUAUACAGUAAAUUGUGGCAACCUAUUGUGAAAUAUGAUUUUAUAGCUCCAAACCUGGCUGGCAUUGAGUGUGCUCGUUGUGUCCAUACUCGUAGUCGUAAGUCAGCAUACUCUCUCAGGCUCAUUUCACAGGUGAAUAUGUGCGCAGGAACUGUCAGUGGGUGGACAUGAGUACAAAAGCUAUUCAGUGCUGGUGAGCAGUCAUGAACAUACAAUUGCUGUGAGUGUUGAGUGGGAGUGGGUAUGGUUUUCAGGAAGUCUUCCCGCUCCCUCUACAGUGGUUUCCGAACCUAUGAGUCUCCUAUUAAUUAUGUACAAUGGGGUUUUAGAGUUACUCAAGAACGUUAAAACUCAUUUAACUCGUACUUUAAUAUCGAACGGUAUUUUUACCCGCCAUUGGAUAUAUAGAACGCCGCGCGAGCUCGGCACUCGCUGCACCCGCGAGCUCUGCGCCUCUGCCGAAACGCUCGGGAAAUGUGAGAGCGAGAGAAGCUCUGACUGUACUAGAAUAAUGGGAGAGUGUCCAAAGCGCCGGCAAGGGCCUUUUUCUGUGAACUGUCGCGCUGCGCCGCUGCUGCUCCGGACCCGUGGGCUUUUCGCACGCGGGAAGCGAGGGUCGUCUGCUACGCGCUGUAGUUUUUUGCGUUCAGUUUCCAGGCAAAGCACUUAAAGUCUAUUUAACUUCAACAGUGUGGUGCUGCAUGGAGCUUACCCAUCUUUGAGCAUAGUCUUUGAGCUUGGGCAGCAAGAGAAUGCAAAACCUAACGCGUCAAACUCAUCAGCGCGGACUAGCUCCGGUGCUCGAGUUCGGGAACGGUAAUGCGGUAACUGUGCGUGGUAGAAACGCGCUAAAUGAGCCCGCGCAAGGAAAGAAUGUAAAAAACGGUAUUCACAUGGGUAUGCGUUCAAUAGCACCAUGCUUGCAAGAAUAAGAGUAACGAAAAAAGGAAAUUACUUGCGAAGUCAAGUGAAAUACUUACGCGCGUGCAGUGACCGCUUCGCUCACCACUACGCGCUUUUCACUCACGGUCAGUUUGGUUUAGAGCCAUACGCAUAUGUAUUUAUUUAUUCAUCCAUUUUUUAGCCUCGACAAUACUUUAUUACGAAGAGAGCGCAGGUAGAAGGUGUAAGGGAAACAAGAGAAGGAGCAGAGACGGCCCUAACGCCGCAAUAUUGUUGGUCUAUUUCGCUUCAGAGAUAGCGUACACAAACAACUCUUGCUGUACGCUAUCUCUUCAAUACAAACUUCGCGCACGAUGUACCUUAAGGUCCACCGUGAGCGAAGCUUGUUUCAAGUUCGGACAUUCGAAAGGAAAGCCAUUCCAGC